CCGGUGGUUUGUUUUGCAUGUUACUUGGACAAAUUGGUAUGUAAAUGUAUCCAACACCUAAAAAAUAUGGAUUGGUACUGUGUCUAAGAUUUUAUCAGCUCCUUUCAGGGUUGGUGGGAGACUAUCUCAAACUUUUUGCUGUACAUAUUUCGGCACUCUUAGUGCUGGUUUUAAAUCUUCCUUUAUUGAUUUGAAAAAUGGUGUAUUAGUGCUUAUUGGAAUAAACACUAGUACUCCUAUAGUUGUAUUCUAGGAUAAAGGAGCGCGGUAUCUCUCUCUCUCUCUGUUUCCUUUGCCAUACGAAUCUGGUUCUCACCAAAGAUUUCAACCAUGAUAAGAUUUGUACCAUCUCAAUUAAUGUCAAAUCACUAGAAAAGAUGAAAAGCUAAGGUUCUGAAGAAUGAUAGAAAUGGGAAUCAGAUACGUAUUGCUACAGAAGUAGACAAGACAACAAUGGCUUCUGCCUCUAUAUAUGACUGGUACUUUCUUGAAAGCAACUAAAUCAGCUGUUGGCGUCUAUCUUUGCAUUUUCGUGGAUGGACAUGAGGCCGGUUGGGAAGGAGCAAGCAGGCGAAUUAAAGAAGAGGAUCGUUGUUGGACCGUGGGGUGGUCAUGGUGGAAGCCCGUGGGACGAUGGUGGUUUCACUGGAGUGAGAGAAAUUACCCUUGUCUAUUCUCUCUGUAUAGACUCCAUGACUGUGGUCUAUGACCAAAAUGGCAAGCCUUAUAAAGCAGAGAAGCAUGGAGGAGUUGGAGGUAGUAAAACUGCACAGAUUAAGCUGCAAUUUCCAGGAGAAUACUUGACGGGCGUUAGCGGCUACUAUUGUCCAGUGGUCUAUGGUGGCAGUCCAGUGAUACGAUCCCUCACCUUUAGCAGCAACAGAAGAACAUUUGGACCUUUUGGAGUUGAAGAAGGAACGCGAUUCUCCCUGCCGAUGGAAGGUGGCCAGAUUGUAGGCUUCAAGGGGAGAAGCGGGUGGUAUUUAGAUGCUAUUUGCUGUUACAUUGCUAAAAUAAAGACUACUACAGUCUUACAGAUGGCUCAACAAAGGCUGAAAAAACUCGCAUCUUCUGUGUCUUUGAACUACAGAUAUGGAGAUGACCAAAACAAGUUUUAUUACUACAAAGGUGGAGAUGAGGAUCAAACCAAGUAUUCCAAAAAAUAAGGCAUAUGAAAACUGCUUACAUUCGUUCGCGUCUGUAUGACUGUAACUAAACUAUCUGUACUAAAAGAUUUAAGUAAAAUCAUAUAUACAUUGCAGUGGAAGUCUUCAUAUACUUUCGCAUAGAUACUGUUUUCUUUCUUAUAAUGGUAGUAUCUAAACCAACUUACACGAAUCUUAGUUGAUACA